GGGGCCGAAAGAGUGCGGGUAGCUCUGCGGCGCGGUAGCGGUGCAGCGGGGCCAGGCGGAGCCGAGCCCGGGGAAGACACGGCCCUACUCCGAUUGCUGGGGCUCCGCCGGGGCCUGCGCCGGCUCCGCCGCCUAUGGGCCGGCCCGCGCCUUCAGCGAGGCCGGGGCCGGGGCCGGGGUCGCGGCUGGGGCCCGAGCCGGGGCUGCAUGCCGGAGGAGGAGAGCAGUGACGGGGAAUCCGACGAUGAGGAGUUUCAGGGUUUUCAUUCAGAUGAAGAUGUGGCCCCCAGUUCCCUGCGCUCUGCGCUCCGAUCCCAGCGAGGUCGAGCCCCCCGAGGUCGGGGCCGCAAGCAUAAGACGACCCCCCUUCCUCCUCGCCUAGCAGAUGUGGCUCCUGCCCCCCCAAAGACCCCUGCCCGAAAACGGGGUGAGGAGGGCACAGAACGGAUGGUGCAGGCACUGACUGAACUUCUCCGGCGGGCCCAGGCACCCCCAGCCCCCCGGAGCCGGGCAUGUGAGCCAUCCACCCCCCGUCGGUCUCGGGGACGGCCCCCAGGACGACCAGCAGGCCCCAGCCGGAAGAAGCAACAAACAGUAGUGGUAGCAGAAGCGGCCGUGACAAUCCCUAAACCUGAGCCCCCAUCUCCUGUGGUUCCAGUGAAACACCGAACUGGCAGCUGGAAGUGCAAGGAGGGGCCUGGCCCAGGACCUGGGACCCCCAAACGUGGAGGACAGUCUGGGAGAGGAGGCCGUGGGAGCAGGGGCAGAGGCCGAGGUGGCCUUCCCCUCAUGAUCAAGUUUGUUUCCAAGGCCAAAAAAGUGAAGAUGGGACAGUUGUCCUUGGGACUGGAAUCAGGUCAGGGUCAAGGUCGACCUGAGGAAAGCUGGCAGGAUGACCCCCAAAGAAAAGUUGGAUCUGGACAGGGAGGGGAUAUUUGCUGGAAGAAGCUGGAGCAGAAGCUAGAGGAGGAGGGAGAAGAGAAGAAAGAAGAAAACAAGGAGGAAGGAGAGAAGGAAGAAAAAACUGUGGUUGAGAAAGAGUUGAUACUAGCCAAGGAACAGGAAGAGGCAAAGCCACCAUCUCCGCCCCCUACUCCUCCAGCUCCUCCAGCUCCUCCAGCCCCUCCACCCCCACCCCUCCCACCUCCCUCAGCAUCUCCUCCACCUCCACUUUGCCCUUUACCACCUCCAGUGUCUCCCCCUCCCAUGCCAUCCCCUCCGCCACCUCCAGUUCCAGAGGAGCAGCAAGAGGAGUCCCCUCCUCCUUCUGUCCCUGCUACAUGCUCCAGGAAGAGGGGUCGGCCUCCCCUGACUCCUAGCCAGCGUGCAGAGCGGGAAGCUGCUCGGGCAGGGCCAGAGGGAACCUCUCCUCCCACUCCAAAUCCCAGCACAACCACAGGAGGCCCUUUGGAAGACAGUCCCACUGUGGCCCCCAAAAGCACCACCUUCCUGAAGAAUAUCCGGCAGUUUAUUAUGCCUGUGGUGAGUGCCCGCUCCUCCCGUGUCAUUAAGACACCCCGGCGAUUUAUGGAUGAAGACCCUCCCAAGCCCCCAAAGGUGGAGGUCUCACCUAUUCUUCGGCCUUCCAUAGCCACCUCCCCACUUGCUCCCCAGGAACCAGCACCUGCUCCUUCUCCACCACGUGCCCCAACUCCCCCAUCUACUCCAGUCCCACUCCCUGAGAAGAGACGAUCCAUCCUAAGGGAACCCACAUUUCGCUGGACUUCACUAACCCGGGAGCUACCCCCUCCUCCCCCAGCCCCUCCCCCAGCACCAUCCCCACCACCUGCCCCUGCUACCCCCUCCCGGAGGCCCCUGCUCCUUCGGGCUGCUCAGUUUACCCCAAGUGAAGCCCACCUGAAGAUCUAUGAAUCGGUGCUUACUACUCCUCUUGGGGCUCCUGAAGCCCUUGAACCAGAGCUGCCGCCUGCUGAUGACUCUCCAGCUGAGCCUGAGCCUCGGGCAGUGGGCCGCACCAACCACCUCAGCCUGCCUCGAUUUGCUCCUGUGGUCACCACACCUGUUAAGGUUGAGGUGUCCCCACAUGGGGCUCCAGCUCAGAGCAAUGGGCAGCAGCCUCAGGCUCAGCCACAACAGCCUCUACAGACCUUGCAGACCCAGCUCUUGCCCCAGGCAUUGCCACCCCAGCAGCCACAAGUGCAGCCACAGUUACAACUGCAGCAGCCACAAGCACCACCACAUGUAUCACCACUGGAAAAGGCACGGAUUGCAGGCUUGGGUUCCCUGCCGCUGUCUGGAGUGGAGGAGAAAAUGUUCAGCCUCCUUAAGAGAGCCAAGGUGCAGUUAUUCAAGAUCGACCAACAGCAGCAACAGAAGGUGGCGGCAUCAAUGCCGCCAAGCCCUGGAGGGCAGAUGGAGGAGGCCGUGGGGACUGUCAAGCAGACCCUAGACAGAGGCUGUGUCAGGUCUGAAGAUGAAUCUGUGGAAGCUAAGAGAGAGCGAGCUUCGGGCCCCGAGUCCCCAGUUCAAGGCCCCCGCAUCAAGCAUGUUUGCCGUCAUGCUGCUGUGGCCCUGGGUCAGGCCCGGGCCAUGGUACCUGAAGAUGUGCCCCGCCUCAGUGCCCUCCCUCUCCGGGAUCGGCAGGACCUCACCACAGAGGAUACAUCCUCUGCAUCUGAGACAGAAAGUGUCCCAUCCCAGUCCCAGAGAGGAAAAGUGGAAUCAGCAGAUCCUGGAGGAGAUUUGGAGCCUGCAGGGUCUGGAGGGGUUCUGGCGCAUACUCCCCGGCGCUCACUGCCUUCCCACCAUGGCAAGAAGAUGCGUAUGGCCCGGUGUGGACACUGUCGGGGCUGCCUGCGUGUACAAGACUGUGGUUCUUGUGUCAACUGCCUGGACAAGCCCAAGUUUGGGGGUCCCAACACCAAGAAGCAGUGCUGCGUAUACCGGAAGUGUGACAAGAUAGAGGCUCGGAAGAUGGAACGACUGGCAAAAAAAGGCCGGACGAUAGUGAAGACGCUGUUGCCCUGGGAUUCUGAUGAAUCUCCUGAGGCCUCCCCUGGUCCUCCAGGCCCACGCCGGGGGGCGGGAACUGGGGGGUCCCGAGAGGAGGUGGUGCCCGAGGAGCCGGACUCCCUCCUACUGCAGCGCAAGUCAGCCCGGCGCUGCGUCAAACAGCGACCCUCCUAUGAUAUCUUCGAGGAUUCAGAUGACUCAGACCCUUGUAGUCCUCCUGCUCCUCGUCGUCGGACCCCCAGAGAAAAUGAGCUACCAGCGCCAGAACCAGAGGAGCAGAGCCGACCCCGCAAACCCACUUUGCAGCCUGUAUUGCAGCUAAAAGCCCGAAAGCGCCUGGACAAGGAUGCUUUGGGCCCUGGCCCCUUUGCCUCUUUUCCCAAUGGCUGGACUGGAAAACAGAAGUCCCCAGAUGGUGUACACCGGGUCCGUGUGGAUUUUAAGGAGGAUUGUGACCUAGAGAAUGUGUGGCUGAUGGGUGGCCUGAGUGUGCUCACUUCUGUGCCAGGAGGGCCACCAAUGGUAUGCUUGUUGUGUGCCAGCAAAGGCCUACAUGAGCUGGUGUUCUGCCAGGUCUGCUGUGAUCCUUUCCACCCAUUCUGCUUGGAAGAGGCUGAACGGCCCCUACCCCAACAUCAUGACACCUGGUGUUGCCGCCGCUGCAAAUUCUGCCAUGUCUGUGGACGUAAAGGCAGGGGAUCCAAGCACCUCCUGGAGUGUGAGCGCUGCUGCCAUGCUUACCACCCGGCCUGCCUGGGCCCCAGCUACCCAACCCGGGCCACGCGCAAACGACGCCACUGGAUCUGUUCAGCCUGUGUGCGCUGCAAGAGCUGUGGGGCAACUCCUGGCAAGAACUGGGAUGUCGAGUGGUCUGGAGAUUACAGCCUCUGCCCCAGGUGCACCCAGCUCUAUGAGAAAGGAAACUACUGCCCAAUCUGCACACGCUGCUAUGAAGACAACGACUAUGAGAGCAAGAUGAUGCAGUGUGCACAGUGUGAUCACUGGGUACAUGCCAAGUGUGAGGGGCUCUCAGAUGAAGAUUAUGAGAUCCUUUCAGGGCUACCAGAUUCGGUGCUGUACACAUGCGGACCAUGUGCUGGGGCCACACAGCCCCGCUGGCGAGAGGCCCUGAGUGGGGCCCUGCAGGGGGGCCUACGUCAGGUGCUCCAGGGCCUGCUGAGCUCAAAGGUGGCAGGCCCACUGCUGCUGUGCACCCAGUGUGGACAGGAUGGGAAGCAGCUACACCCAGGGCCCUGCGAUUUGCAAACUGUGGGUCAGCGCUUUGAGGAAGGCCACUACAAGUCUGUGCACAGCUUUAUGGAGGACAUGGUAAGCAUCUUAAUGAGGCACUCCGAAGGAGAAACUUCAGAACGCCGGGCUGGAAGCCAGAUGAAGGGGCUCCUAUUAAAGCUGCUAGAAUCUGCGUUCGGCUGGUUCGACGCCCAUGACCCCAAGUACUGGCGACGGAGUACCCGGCUACCAAACGGAGUGCUGCCUAAUGCGGUGUUGCCCCCAUCCCUGGACCAUGUCUAUGCUCAGUGGAGACAGCAGGAAUCAGAGACCCCAGAAUCAGGGCAGCCUCCAGGUGAUCCCUCAGCAGCUUUUCAAGGCAAGGAUCCAGCUGCUUUCUCCCACAUAGAGGACCCUCGUCAGUGUGCACUCUGCCUCAAAUACGGGGAUGCAGACUCCAAGGAGGCAGGGAGGCUUCUGUACAUUGGACAGAAUGAGUGGACACAUGUCAAUUGUGCCAUUUGGUCAGCCGAAGUGUUUGAGGAGAAUGAUGGCUCUCUCAAGAACGUGCAUGCUGCUGUGGCUCGUGGGAGGCAGAUGCGCUGUGAACUCUGUCUGAAGCCUGGAGCCACAGUGGGCUGUUGCCUGUCCUCCUGCCUCAGCAACUUUCACUUCAUGUGUGCCCGGGCCAGCUACUGCAUCUUCCAGGAUGACAAGAAAGUUUUCUGCCAGAAACACACAGACCUCCUAGAUGGCAAGGAGAUUGUGACCCCCGACGGUUUUGAUGUUCUCCGCCGAGUCUAUGUGGACUUUGAAGGCAUUAACUUCAAGCGAAAGUUCUUGACAGGGCUUGAGCCUGAUGCCAUCAAUGUGCUCAUUGGCUCCAUUCGAAUUGACUCCCUGGGUACUCUGUCUGAUCUCUCGGACUGCGAGGGACGGCUUUUUCCUAUUGGCUACCAGUGCUCCCGUCUGUACUGGAGCACAGUGGAUGCUCGGAGGCGCUGCUGGUAUCGGUGCCGAAUUCUAGAGUAUCGGCCAUGGGGGCCAAGGGAAGAGCCUGUUCACCUGGAAGCAGCAGAGGAGAACCAGACCAUUGUGCACAGCCCUACCUUUUCCUUAGAGACCCCAGAUCACGAGGACCCCUCUCCAGAUACAGAUGCCCUAAUCCUUGGAGCUCCUGAGCACCACUCGCCUGUUCAAAAUCUGGACCCCCCACUUCGGCCAGAUUCAAGCAGUGCUCCUCCUCCUGCCCCACGCUCCUUCUCAGGGGCUCGAAUCAAAGUGCCCAACUACUCGCCAUCACGGAGGCCCUUGGGGGGAGUCUCCUUUGGCCCCCUGCCCUCCCCUGGAAGUCCUUCUUCUCUGACCCACCACAUCCCUACAGUGGGAGACCCAGACUUCCCAGCUCCCCCGAGACGCUCCCGUCGUCCUAGCCCCCUUACCCCCAGGCCACCACCAUCACGACGGACCUCCCCACCUCUCAGAACCUCCCCUCAGCUCAGGGUGCCCCCUCCUACCUCAGUUGUUACAGUCCUCACACCUACCUCAGGGGAGCUGGCUCCCCCUGGCCUGGCCCCAUCUCCUCCACCACCCCCUGAAGACCUGGGCCCAGACUUUGAGGACAUGGAGGUGGUAUCAGGACUGAGUGCUGCUGACCUGGACUUUGCAGCCAGCUUGCUAGGGACUGAGCCCUUCCAGGAAGAGAUUGUGGCCGCUGGGGCAGUGGGGAGCAGCCAUGGGGGCCAAGGGGACAGCUCAGAGGAGGAAGCCAGCCCCACCACCCGAUAUGUUCACUUCCCUGUGACAGUAGUAUCUGGCCCUGCCCUGGGCCCUGGCCCCCUCCCUGGAGCCCCCCGAAUUGAGCAGCUGGAUGGAGUGGAUGAUGGCACAGACAGUGAAGCGGAGGCAGUCCAGCAGCCCCGAGGCCAAGGGACUCCUCCUUCAGGGCCAGCAGUGGGCCGAGCUGGGGUCAUUGGGGCUGCAGGUGAUAGGGCCCGGCCUCCUGAGGACCUGCCAUCAGAAAUUGUGGAUUUUGUUUUAAAGAACAUAGGGGGUCCUGGGGAGGGGGCUGCUGGUCCCAGGGAAGAGUCUCUUCCCCCAGCACCUCCCCUGGCCAAUGGCAGCCAGGCACCUCAAGCCCUGCCCCCUAGCCCAGCAGACCCUACCCGGACUUUUGCCUGGCUCCCUGGGGCCCCAGGGGUCCGGGUGUUAAGCCUGGGCCCUGCUCCUGAGCCCCCUAAACCUGCUACAUCUAAAAUCAUCCUUGUCAACAAGCUGGGGCAAGUAUUUGUGAAGAUGGCUGGGGAAGGUGAACCUGUCCCAGCCCCAGUAAAGCAGCCACCUCUGCCCCCCACCAUUCCCCCUGCAGCCCCCACUUCCUGGACUCUGCCCCCAGGACCCCUACUUGGGGUGUUGCCAGUGGUAGGAGUAGGUGUGGUCCGCCCUGCCCCUCCACCUCCACCUCUCACACUGGUGUUUAGCAGUGGGCCCCCCAGCCCACCCCGCCAGGCCAUCCGUGUCAAGAGGGUAUCCACCUUCUCUGGCCGUUCCCCCCCAGCACCUCCUCCAAGUAAAACUCCCCGACUGGAUGAAGAGGGGGAGUCUUUGGAGGACACACCCCAAGUUCCAGGGCUCAGCAACAGUGGGUGUAGCCGAGUGAGGAUGAAAACACCUACAGUGCGUGGAGUUCUUGACCUGGAUAAUGUUGGGAAGGAAAGCCUUGGGCCCUUUCAGGAACGAUCCCCUUUGCUGCCACUUCCAGAAGGUGGUCCUCCUCGGGCCCCUGAUGGUCCCUCAGACCUGCUGCUUGAGUCAUGGCAUCACUAUUCAGGUGAAGCCUCGAGUUCUGAGGAAGAGCCUCCAUCUCCAGAGGAUAAAGAGAACCAGGUUCCAAAACGGGCUGGCCCACAUCUACGCUUUGAGAUCACCAGUGAGGAUGGCUUCAGUGUGGAGGCAGAAAGCUUGGAGGGGGCAUGGAGAACUCUGAUUGAGAAAGUACAAGAGGCCCGAGGACAUGCUCGGCUCAGACAUCUCUCCUUUAGUGGAAUGAGUGGGGCAAGGCUCUUGGGCAUCCACCAUGAUGCUGUCAUCUUCCUGGCAGAACAGCUACCUGGGGCCCAGCGCUGCCAACACUAUAAAUUCCGAUACCACCAGCAGGGGGAGGGCCAGGAAGAGCCCCCCCUGAAUCCUCAUGGAGCUGCCCGUGCUGAGGUCUAUCUCCGGAAGUGUACCUUCGACAUGUUCAAUUUCCUGGCCUCCCAGCACCGGGUGCUCCCAGAAGGGGCCACCUGUGAUGAGGAAGAGGAUGAGGUGCAGCUCAGGUCAACCAGACGUGCCACCAGCCUGGAGCUGCCCAUGGCCAUGCGCUUUCGCCACCUCAAGAAGACAUCCAAAGAAGCUGUGGGUGUUUAUAGAUCAGCUAUCCAUGGACGAGGCCUGUUCUGUAAACGCAACAUUGAUGCUGGCGAGAUGGUCAUUGAAUACUCUGGCAUUGUCAUUCGCUCUGUGCUGACUGACAAGCGGGAGAAGUUCUAUGAUGGGAAGGGCAUCGGGUGCUACAUGUUCCGCAUGGAUGACUUUGAUGUGGUGGACGCCACAAUGCAUGGCAAUGCCGCCCGCUUCAUCAAUCACUCAUGUGAGCCCAACUGCUUCUCUCGUGUCAUCCAUGUGGAAGGCCAGAAGCACAUCGUCAUCUUUGCUUUGCGCCGCAUCCUGCGUGGCGAGGAGCUCACCUAUGACUACAAGUUCCCCAUCGAGGAUGCCAGCAACAAGCUCCCCUGCAACUGUGGCGCUAAGCGCUGCCGUCGAUUCCUUAACUAGGGUUGUGGCUGCUUGCCACAAUUCCUCAAGCCCCCCAAUGCCAUCUUGUCCCUGGCCUGGGGGGUCCCUAGUCCUUCCCAGAGCAUCUCACUCCCACCUUUCCGUUCAGGGUGGAUGUGGGCAUGCAGUUGGCAAGGGCCCUGCCCCAACCCUUUAGCCCACCUAGCAAUCACCCCCUUCCUGCCUUGGGGCCCAGGAUGUAGAUAUUGUACAAAGGUUUCUAAAUCCCUUCUUUUCUAUGCACUUUUUUAUUUAAGAGGGUGGGGUCCCAGGUGCGAACCCCCCCACAAUAAAGCCUGUCAA